AUUGAAUGUCAUUGGUAUGUUUGCAGAUUGGUAGAUCGAUGUCUAAUAGGGAGUGUACAUCCAAGUAAAUCAAGUAGGUCAUAAUCAAUCUUUGAACUGUGUUCUUUGAUUCAUGAGAUAUGUGUUUUGAAAUAACAGUAUGUACUGCAUCUUCACAAGGAAUCUCUUUAAAUCUGGUUAAUAUAGCAAUCAAUAAAAAGGCAUGUUCCUGAAAGUUUCAUAGAAUAGAAGAGCCCUUUACUUAGAAUACAUCUACCCAUUUUCACUUGACCCUCUUUACUGUAAUGUUCUAUUUCCCUAGCCUCUGAGGACAGUUGAUAAUGAGUGGCUCACUUCUGCUUGCACAGUCUGUUCUUCCAACCCCACUGAAGUGCCCCAGUUGCCACCAGGCUGGGGCCAGAAAGGUCAAAGGUCAGUGUGCUGUGUGUAAGCGCUGCUCCGAGACCCUGCGCCGUGUCUACCAGUUCUGCUGGGCCUGUGGGAGGGAGUGGCACCAGUCAGGAGGAACCCUGGAGGGCCAAGGGGUCCAUUUCUCCUGCCCUCUGCCAGGCUGCGCCCUCAGGGCUGCCCUCCUCUCCCCAGAGGUCAUUGUUGAUCCAAGCAGUUCAGCCCAGGGAUGCCCCUUCUUCAGGGCCUGUCCUCACUGUAAGGCCAUCCUCACUCACACUGGAGAGGGAUGCCCUAAUAUCAUCUGUCCACACUGCCAAAAGGAGUUCUGCUUCCGCUGCUUGAAGAAGGAGUGCUAUGAUUAUGAAGAGGAAGAUAAUGAUGAUAAUGAUGAUAAUGAUGAUGAUGAUGAUGAUGAUGAUGAUUUUGAGUAUCCUUUACCAUGCACUGUGGUGGAUAACAGUCAGUCUCUCAGAGAGUUGGAACUGUAGGGGCUAUGCAACGGUCUGUAGAACAUAAUUUACGGCCUCAUUCAUUACCACUUGCAAAAGGAAAUCAUCUUGAUUGUAAUUACUAUUGGAAUUAUUACAUUAGUUCUAUGGUACAAAGACAUCAUAUUGCUAUGCUGCAUUGCUUCUGUAUAGUUAAAUGCAAUAAAGCCAGAAGUUAUCAUUUGUGUUUUCACACCAGUGGUGUGUAUUCAUGAAAGCCAAGGGAAGCCAGGCUUCCCCCCCAAAAAAUUCAAAGAAAUAAACAUAAAAUCUUCUGUG